UUCAUCGAGAAAAUUCAGGUAAAAAAAUGGCACUAUCAUCCAGUAACACCCAGGAUGGAAUAUCAAAUUGCUACAUUGCGCGUUCCAGUGUCUGUGUGAAGGGUAGUAGUAGUACUACUGGUGGACAACGUGUGGGCAACGGCUUGUUCUCCAGCCACGACGUCAAACCUGGAGAAGCAGUCCUGCGUAUCAAGCGUCCUCUCAUGGCAUCGCUGGAGUCGGAGAGGCUUAAAGAUACUUGCGCGAAUUGCUUCGUUUGGACCGAAGGGUCGUCGUGGGGUUCUAGGUUGUAUGUGAAAGACGGCGUCACUGUGCAAACGUGCGCAGGGUGUAAGAGAUUUCGGUACUGUAGCAAGGCAUGCCAAAAGGAGGCUUGGGUUCGCGGCCACAAACAUGAAUGCAAGAAUCUCAAACACAUCAGUGACAAAGAGUUGCCCAAAGCCGUGCUGGGGUGUAUGGAGCUUUUGGUCCGGAGAAAACACAAACUGAUUCCGGAUCAAGAGUGGGAGAGGUUAUGCCAGCUGGAGACGCACAUGGAGGAUUUCAAGCGCAACGGCAGGGACGGCGGGAUCGAGCUCAUGGCCAUGGGCACCAGCCAGUUCUCCUUCACGCAGGACACGUUCGACAAGGACUUUGUCGCCGCCAUGUACGCCCGGAUCCUGUCGAACUCCCUCACCCUGAUGACGCCCAGCUUCGACCCGCUCGGCAUCAUGGUCGAUGCCACGCUGUGCUACAUCAACCACUCGUGCGAUCCAAACGCGUAUAUCGUCAUGGACGGCUCGCAAGUGCAGCUCCGCACGCUCAGGGCCGUCAAAAAAGACGAAGAACUCUUCAUUUCCUACGUCGACCCUUCGAAUCCUUCGGCCCGGAGACGCAGCGAGCUCAAGCAACGCUGGUUCUUCACCUGCGCGUGCGCAAAAUGCGAAUCAGGCCCUACCCAGCAAGAAGACGCUUUCCUCGUCGACGACCCAGCCUCGGCACCGCAACCAUGCAAAGACUAUGCCGAUUCGCUGCUCGAGCGCGGGAAAAACUCGUCCUCUCCCUCCUCCUCCUCCUCCUCCGUCGACGAAGAUGACGAUGAUGAAGCAAACUUCCUCGGACCCACCCUCGACGCCCGCCGCCUCGCCGCCCUCCAACGCGAAUUCUUCACCGCCUACACCAACCAACAAUCCACCCCGUCCGCUCCCCACGCCCUCGCCAUCGCGCAAAACGCCCUCGCCACCGCCCGCUCCUCGAGCAUCUGGCCAGAGCACCGCCAGCCCCUCCCCGCCCUCCGCGACGACCUCAUCGUAAACCUGCUCGCCACCCACCAAUACGCGCAAGCGUUUGUCCAGUGCGCCAUCCGCUACCGCUACAUCACGCCUGUUCUUUUCCCCGAACCGCAUCACCCGCUCCGCGUCGUGCAGAUGUGGCAGAUGGGUAUGUUGGCGCUGUAUCUUGCCAGUAGCGGGGAUGUGGUUAGGCCUGGGGUUGAUAUGGCGCGUGUUGCGGCUUGGUUGGUUCGGGGGACGUUUGAGGCUGCGGGGCGGAGUCACGGGGUCGACAGCGCGUUUGCUGUUAGUGUUGGGAGGAAACUCGACGAGGUUGGACGGCUUGAUGGCGGUGCUGCCGCAGAGAAGGCGUUGUGGGAGAUUGGGGAGCUGAAGCCAUAA